CUAACCUCAAAAAUGGAUUUAUUGUACACUGUAAAUAGAAAAGUGGCACUAAAACCGUUUGUAAAUCAAGAAAGUAAUCAAAUUUUUAGCCUGUAUGAAGGACAAUCUUUAUGCUCGUUAUCUAGUCGUAAUAUAACAGCAUUUACUACAACUACAGAGUUAGAUGAUAAUAGUGGAAAGACAUGGGGGUCACAUGUUUAUGUUUGUGAUUUAAAUAUGCCAUGGCAUACACACAAGGUCUUAUCAAAUAAGAACACUAUUACUGCGUUAGAAUGGGAUUUACCAGGUGAUAAAUUAGUAGUUGCUGAUUCCACUGGAAAUGUUCAGUUGUGGAUGUUUAAAGAUCAUGUUCUUAACGAUUGGGUGCUGAUUGGUUCUACCUGUUUUGUUGGUGAACAUAUAUUAGGUGCAGCUUGGUUUCAUAAUGGGAAAAAGACAGGGCUUGUAACAGAGAAAAAGGAUAGUAUACAUUAUAGUGAGAAAUUUAAUCAUUUGCCUUUUGCCCCCUCUGUAAGACAAUUUGGCGGUAGAGCAGCAGAGGGUGUACUAGUGGUUUCAACCACAGGUAUGGUUGGUGCAGUUAUGAUUACAAAAGAUUUUCAAAAUCCUGUUUGCUCCUCUACAGAAAGCUUAGGCAGUACUAGACACAGAAUUACAGCAGUUGAUUUAUGUUAUGGAAAAAAUGGUCAUAUUUUGGUAGCAGUAAGCAGUGGAAAUAUUUGCUUACCAAUUAGGUGUUACAGAGUAUUAGUACGUAAGAAUGACGAUAAAUGUACUAUAACAUCACAAGCACUCCCUAGUUUUUUCCUACAAGAUGGUGCACCAAAGGACAGUACAUAUACAAGUGUUACACACUUGAAGUUUGUAGUCCGUGAAGAUGCAGAUUCUCUGGUUAUUGCUGUUAAUAGUGAUAGUGGAGGUAUAGUAGAAGUGUGGGAAUUGAGGGAAAAAUCACAACCAGUUCAUAAGUUGUUUCAACCCAAAACAUUGGAACCAUUUAAAACUGUAGUGGUAUGGCAACAUCAAUCACAAUAUCGUUGUCAAUCACCAAUAGCAGCAAUAGCUACUACCAAAUUAUCUAUAGUCACCACAUUGCCUCCUCCAAGUUACGUUGUAGUAGCUUUGGCAGACUCUUCGGUACAUUGUUUAAGUCGCGAUUGUCUAAAAGAAAUAGCUUUUUCAUCUUUGAAUAUGGCAUGGCGACCUGACGAACCUAAUAAUAAAUAUUUUAAAAGUUCCGUUUCUAUAACAAACAUAGAUCUGUCUUGGCUAGGUUGUGUACUUUUAGCCUGUGAUACACGAGGAAAUUUGUAUUUAUAUAAAUUACUGCCCGAUGGAGGACCAUCGUUAACAUUAAGUUACGCUUGUACACUGUUGGAAUAUUGUUUAGUAACAGGAUUAGAUUGGUUGGAUAUACUGUUAUGUUUAAGAUCCUCGAUGAUCGAACCGUUAUGCGAAAGACUGGAUGUCUCUUUUAACAGACAAUUGCAGCCAAUUCAACAAUACCAUUAUAUCCAAUUUCUUUGCAUUAAAACGUCACUGUACAGAAUGCUGGUACCCGGACAAAGUAAAGCGGCGGAUUUGUCGUCGUUACUUAUGAUACAUUCGGUAGCGACAGCCUUUAAAUCGUUAUUACGUCCGUCAGAUUUAAUUUCACACGAUAAGGGGCCAGCGGAGAGCUUAGCAACGGUGAUUAACGAAGCAAUUACCGAUGUAGAUAAGGUACUUUUACACCUCGAUCCCAAAGAAUUUACGGUAGAGCCAAGUACGCUUCAGUCGUUGCAACAAUUAAUCCAAUGGGUGGCCAAUCUAGCGUUGAAUCUCUUAGCUCGUCUCCCGGAACAACGGUUGCAGAUGAAAUCUGGCGGUUACGAGCUCCUCAAGGAUCACAAGGCUUUAAAUACAUUGAGAGAGUUGCUGGUAAUUAUACGUAUAUGGGGUUUAUUACGUCCUUCGUGUCUACCAGUAUUUCUUCGUAGUACCGAUAAUCUCGAUGUAUUAGCCUUGUUAUUCCGUUUACUAUCGAAACUGGUCCAACCGAACGGAGAUGGUCAGAGUCAACAGGUAGACGACGGUUUAAUCGAUGACUGUUGCCUGCUACCUAAUCAAAUAAUGAUACCACAAUUACAUCAGGGCAAUAGCAUUACGGCUAUAGCUACCCCUGUACUAUUUUAUCAAAGUUUUCCCUUACAGUUAGAAUACGGUAUAGAACCCGAACAAUUAUUAUUUAUGCCUGACCUGAAUUCAGUUGAAGGUUGUAUGCACAGUGGUCAGAUUGUGGAUGGUAUUAGGCAUUUGUAUCUUGGAAAGCAACCGCUUCUCGUUAAACAGUGUACAAGGUGUGGUGGGAAAGCACAAGUUCAAAAUAUGACGAGAACAGCUGCAAUUAGAGCAUGGGAUCAAAGAUGGUCACGAGCUUGUCGCUGCGGUGGCGUUUGGCGAAUUCAUAAAACUUGCCCGUAAAUUAUUAGUUAAAUGUAGU